AGUAGUUUCCGGCAGCGACCGGAUGUUCUGUGUGAAGACAGGAACAACAAAGAAGAGAAAGCGCCCGGGUUUUAAAACUAAUGAGAACACACCAGAACACAAAACCAAGAACAUUAGCUGUCGUUGACAGUAGGGCCAAAGCAUUUGGUUUGCAUGUGAGAACAAGUGUCUGCCGAGCCAACCAUGGCGAACAAUGCAGAGGACAUUGAAAACAAUAUGGACCAACAGGAGACCAGUGUGGUCUGUGAACCCAGCCAGCAGCCACAGGAGGCUGCGGUGGUCAGAGCCCGGUCCAGAGGAGGCGGAGAAGGUGGGGGUGAUGGAGGAGUUGUAGGCGGAGCAGGCAAUGGUAGCGGCCCGGAGCAGAAUGGACAGCCGCCCGCUGCUCAGCCUCCCCGCGUGGUGGAGGCCGAGGAGGACGAGGAUGAAGAGUUGACCCUGAAAUACGGCGCCAAGCACGUCAUCAUGCUGUUCGUUCCCGUGACCCUCUGCAUGGUGGUCGUCGUGGCAACCAUAAAGUCUGUCAGCUUCUACACCCAGAACGACGGCCAGAGAUUGAUCUACACACCGUUCCCUGAAGACACAGACACAGUAGGACAGAGAGCCCUCAACUCCAUCCUGAACGCCACCAUCAUGAUCACUGUGAUCAUCGUCAUGACACUGGUGCUGGUGCUGCUAUACAAGUACCGCUGCUACAAGGUGAUCCAAGGCUGGCUCUUCCUCUCCUCCCUCCUCCUGCUAUUCUUCUUCUCCUACAUCUACCUCAAAGAGGUUUUCAAGACCUACAAUGUGGCCAUGGACUACUUCACCCUGGCGGUAAUCAUUUGGAACUUCGGCGUGGUGGGCAUGAUGUGUAUUCAUUGGAAAGGGCCGCUGCGGCUCCAGCAGGCCUACCUCAUCAUGAUCAGCGCCCUCAUGGCCCUGGUUUUCAUCAAGUACCUGCCAGAGUGGACCGCCUGGCUCAUAUUAGCCGUCAUAUCCGUCUACGAUCUGUUAGCGGUUCUCUGUCCCAAAGGGCCUCUGAGGAUCCUGGUGGAGACGGCUCAGGAGAGGAACGAGCCCAUCUUUCCAGCUCUCAUCUACUCCUCUACAAUGGUGUGGCUCGUUAACAUGGCCGACACUGACCGGCCAAAAAGGAACUCAACAGAAGCGGCGUCAUCUCAACAAGGGACUCACGAAGCCGUGGCGUCCCCGGCUCCCGCCAGUCCGUCGCAGGACGACGGGGGCUUCAACUCCACCUGGGUCACCCAGCAGGAGCACCAGCUGGGGCCGCUCCAGUCCACCGAGCAGACCAGACGGGAGAUCCAGGAGAUGCCCUCCGCUCGCCCCCCCGCCGAAGACGACGAUGAAGAGAGGGGCGUCAAACUGGGACUGGGAGACUUCAUCUUCUACAGCAUGCUGGUGGGAAAGGCCUCGGCCACGGCCAGCGGCGACUGGAACACCACGCUCGCCUGCUUCGUAGCCAUCCUCAUUGGCCUGUGUCUCACCCUGCUCCUCCUCGCCAUCUUCAAGAAAGCGCUCCCCGCUCUGCCCAUCUCCAUUUUUUUCGGCCUGGUCUUCUAUUUUGCCACAGACAACUUGGUGCAGCCCUUCAUGGACCGGCUGGCGCUACACCAGUUCUACAUUUAGCAGCACGCUGCCCUGAUAACCCUCACCCACAUAGCCCUCUGGCCAACAACACGAGAGCAGUCCCUUCACAGCUGGGGGGGGGACAAAGGGCGAUGCAGGCCAGGGGCCUCUCCCGCCCCAACAUCCCCUCCUAAGAACUCCCGAUGACGGGACACAAGUUGUUUCUGUUCUGCCUUUUUUCUUUAUCGACGCCAAGAGGGUGGUAUUCCCCACAACAGCUGUUUUUCUUAAAUAUUUCAUUUCAGUUUUAAACCAAGAAGUGACAUUUCUCGCUCGACUUGGGACCUCCUCUUCAAAUCACCGGUCUCAAGACGCGAUCUAAGCUUAUGAGAAGUUAGUGGAAAUAUUUCACCUUUAUUUUUUUUUUAAUCCAGGGAAGCUUUUCAAGAGCUUGUCUGCUUCUUCUCAGCAGCGCCGUGCUUCCCAUCCCCACGCAUUCAUAUCCGGGAGCUGCCCAGUACAACCACAGUCCUCUACGACUGGGGCUUUACAGUAGGUGCCUUGCUCAGGGACACCUUGGUGGGAGCUGUUGAGCGAAAGGGAGACGGUUUCAUUAAAUCUCCCUUCAAAAAGACUUGGAUCAAAUAUCUUCCUUUUUUUUUUUUUUUACGACUUCAGAGCCACCGUCGACCCUCCCCCCCCCUAAACUAAACCCAAGAUUAAAAAUCCUUCAUUGGUAAAUGUGUAGUUUGAUUGUGUAUGAGCUGUCAGUCACCAGACGUGCUUUCCUCACCGCUAUUAAGAAUGGUUAAGACGCACGAAAACCAAAGCUCUGAAGCCAGAGCGAUUCACACCCCGAAAGAUUUCCACUGAACGUGACGUUUUGAGCAAAUGAUAAAGUUUUAAUAGUGGAAGAAUUUAUAGCCUCUAGAACUAAGAUUUGAGUGUAAUUGUGACACUGACUCAUCAGAGAUUUCACUAUGUUUCCUGCCCUCACUUUUUUUUUUUUUUUUAUUACGUAAAAUCACAUUUGAAGGCAGAGCCUGCAGAGGGAGGAAAGUUCACACCCACUUACACACUUAGACCUGAGACUUGCCUGCCAUGUCAGUCAUGUACUGUCAGCCACUGAGCAGCUCUGCUGGAGCAGUCAGAGGUUCAGUGCCUUGCUCAAGGGCAUUUCAGUAGUAGUAGUAGUAGUAGUUGUUAUUGUUAUUGUGUGUAUGUAUUCUCUUCCCUGACUGAGAUUUCAUUAGUUUUUGUUUUUUGCAACCUGUCCAGGGAUUGUAAUCUGUGAUCAUCUGGUCACAAACUCUGAACCUUUAGGCUAUAGUUGCCCUCAUGAUGUUCUCCUGGUGCUGUCUUGAACUAUGCUACAUCAAACACAAUUAUUUGGACCAUACGCAGAUACUGUCGCGUUGUUUUUCAAGAUAUGCAGAAGAGAAACUUUGUACUUUUUGAAACACGAGGGUACAUGUUAACGGGGUUCCUACACAGAUCAGGAAAAUAUAGAACUUUUGACUGAUAUUCUCUUUGUUUUGAGGAAAAGAUGCUUAGUCCUGAUGAAUGAGGGAUUGUAGAUCUAGUUUAAUUCGAUACUUGAAUUUGUGAACAUUUUUGGAAAACCUAAUCUCCAGUUAUCAAGCAUUAUUUGCUUAACUUUCUAUUUUUAAAAGUAAAAAAA